UUCAAGUCCCAUCAAACGAAUAAUGCGUCUGUGGCAUGCUGACGCAAAGUUGGGUUUGGAUUGUUGCCAUACAUUUUCCAACAGAGGAACAACUGAAGCGAGUGGCUUGUCGGUGAAAGAGAGAGAGAGAGGGAAUGGGCUGGGCGAUCGCUCUACACGGCGGCGCGGGAGACAUCCCCUUAUCGCUCCCGCCAGAGCGAAGGCUGCCGCGAGAGGAGACACUUCGCCGAUGUCUGAGCCAUGGCGUUGCAGCCCUUAAGGCCAAUCGAACCCCGCUAGAUGUGGUCGAGCUCGUUGUGCGUGAGUUAGAAAAUUGCCCAUACUUUAAUGCUGGAAUAGGAUCUGUCUUGACCACCAAUGGUACUGUUGAAAUGGAAGCAUGCAUCAUGGAUGGCAACACAAAAAAAUGUGGUGCUGUCUCAGGCCUUUCUACAGUUGUUAACGCCAUUUCACUUGCACGGCUCGUAAUGGAGAAAACACCUCAUAUUUACCUGGCAUUUGAUGGAGCUGAAUCCUUUGCAAAGGAACAGGGUGUUGAAACAAGAGACGCAAGCCAUUUUAUCACUCCUGAAAAUAUUGAGAGGCUGACCCAAGCGAAAGCAGCAAAUAGAGUGCAGAUUGAUUACACUCAACCUGCUCCAGAGAAACCUCUUAAAGAGUCAUCUUGCGACAGCCAAAUCGGUACUGUUGGAUGUGUUGCAGUGGAUGGCAAAGGAAAUCUCGCUGCAGCAACUUCCACUGGUGGCUUGGUGAACAAAAUGGUGGGCAGGAUUGGGGACACCCCGAUAAUAGGUGCAGGAACAUACGCCAAUUCCCUCUGUGCCGUCUCAGCAACUGGUAAAGGGGAAUCGAUCAUACGAGCUACCGUUGGACGGGAUGUGGCAGCUUUGAUGGAAUAUAAAGGUCUUUCUUUGAAAGAUGCUGCUGAAUAUGUAGUUGAGCAUUCUCCCAAAGGUACUGCUGGCCUCGUUGCCGUUUCUGCUACUGGUGAGGUUGCCAUGGCUUUCAACACUACGGGCAUGUUCAGAGCUUGUGCGAAAGAGGAUGGUACCUCAGAGAUUGGGAUAUGGCGUUCUAUAGAAAAUGGAGAUGUAUAGAAAAUGGGAUAUGGCUUUCAACACUGCUACUGGUGAAGUUACUGAAGAUCUGUAUCUCUACCAACCUGUGGUGUGACCUGGGAAAAAUUAUUCCAUACGGAUCGGACAAAAUUAUCAGAUCUACGGUUCCGAUGUAUUUCAGUGGGCCCCACCGAAUUUUUUUUUAAAAAAAAAAAACUGAAAUAAUCCCGACCGUAGAUCACCGUGAUCUACGGUCAGGAUCGGACACCGCAUGCAAUAAUUCCUCGUGACCUGGGCUUGUGUUUGAUGACGACAGGAAGAUAUUUAUGAAGUAGAUAUAUUUCUAUGUUUACUUUUUAAUGUAUUAAAUCCUAAAUCA